UGUCUGAGCCGCAGCCCCUCCAACAGUGCGCUGUGUUGGUGUGCUGUUCCUGUUCCCCAGAGAACAGAAGAUGUUAGUGUCGUGUGAAUUGUUUGUAACCGGCAGCGGAGCGAAAAGUAAUCCAGUAACCACAUCGCAAUAAAACUGCAGAGACGACCGAUUUCCAACCAGUGAGAAUCUUUUGUCCGAAGGUAUCUAAAGCCACCUUCAUCAUAGUGUACUUAAUAUGGAUCGGAUAUUCGUUACUACAAGACUAUCUCCACAGAGACUCUGAAGCCGUCUGGACUGGACGGACUGGCGAGGGACGAUCGUCCUUUCUCAGCUGCUGGCGGCACAACCUACCGUUGACCGCUGACCGACUCCCGGGUCUCUUCUGAUCACCUCCGAACGUCAGCCCUACUGCGAUGUCGGCAUUCAACGUUCAAAUCGAACGCGCUCCAUUCGGAGUGCUUUCCGAGAACGGCUUUGAUGCCCAGGUGGACAAGUUUCAGUUGACCGGUACGUUGCCCGGUCGCACCCAGCCGGCUCUGGUGGCUGUCGUCUGUCCCCUGGGAGCGACUUUACUCUCCCUGCUCGUACCAGAUGAGGACGGAAAAAUGGAUGACGUCACACUGGGCUUCGACACGCUCUCAGAGUACCAGCAUCAGGACUCGUAUAUCGGCGCCACAAUCGGCCGGGUGGCCAGCAGGAUCGCCGGCAAUCAGUUCCAGCUGGACAAUGUGACUUACAAGCUGGCCGGCAACUCUGGCGGUUCUCACCUGCACGGAGGCAUACGGGGCUUCGAUAAGCGCCUGUGGUCAGCCGAUGUCGGCAAGGACUCGGUGACCUUCAGCUACCUCUCCCCCAACGGCGAGGAGGGCUACCCCGGCGACGUCAUGGCACAGGUCACGUACCGUCUGGUGCGCCACGAGGGCCUGGCGGCGCUCAGCCUGCAGUACCGAGGCCUGGCGGGCGCAGCGACACCUCUGAGCAUGACUAACCACGCCUACUUCAACCUGGCCGGUCACGAGAGCGGCGAGAAGGGACUCCUUCAGCAUGACAUCACCAUUAGAGCCGACAAGAAGCUGGUCCUAGAAGGAGGACUCGCUAAUGGUCAGAUGGUGAACGCCAGUGGCGCCCCUGGCGGCGGCUGGCCGCAGGGCGCCCUGCCGGACGUCAUGGCCGCUAACGGUGGCGAAAUAGACGACGUGUUCGUUCUUCCGACCGACGGAGGGCUGGACAUGAAGACGGCUGCCACGCUGACGCACGCCGGCAGCGGCCGGCGGCUGACGGUGUUCACUGACCAGCCGGCUCUGGUGGUCUACACGGCCAACCACCUUCCGGCGGCACCGGGCGGCCUGCCGGGCAGGGGCGGCGCCCGCUACCAGCGCCAUGGCAGCAUCGCGCUCGAAACCAGCGCCUUCCCCAACGCCGUCAACGUGCCAUCAUUUCCAUCGGUGACGCUGCGUCCCGGCAAUGUUUACGAGCAUCGCUGUGUGUACCAGUUCGGUAUCGGGGCCCGGUGAGCUGCAGCAGUCAGACUGUCCGCCUCGGGGCAUAGUGGGGUCACCGAGCGCUGGCGGCAGCCUGGUGACUGGUGUCCGGGACACAUUUACCGACCAUUUUGUGACCGAUGGGGUAGUUGAGGUGUCGAACAGCCGUCAUUGUCGAGCCGCACCUGCAGUUGGAAACUGACGAGCAGCUAUAGUGCAAAAGUGAACUCAACUGUCUACCUUGCAUGUAAACGGAUUACGUGUGUGGCUGAUGGUUAAACUUUUUAAGACUUGGCUACUUAAUCACAUACGAGUAGUUGGUUUUACAAUAAGCAUUGCUCCUCGGUACAACUUGUGAACUGAUUGAAAUACAUGGUUUGCAUUUAUGA